AUGCACCUAAAGCCAUAUUGGAAACUCCAGAAGAAAGAUCCCCCCCUGGAAGUCAAGGAAACCCAGAAAACGCCCAUGAGCCACCAAAGGGCGACAGAUGAUGGCACGUGCAGAGCAAGCUACAUGAAACCAAGUGUCUUUUAUUCCGCCUCUCUUGGCAAAGGAUCAUCUCCAUCUCGAAAGCCUUUUGGGAUCAUUUCUCCAAAUGUUCUGUGCAGCAUGAGUGGGAAGAGCCCUGUAGAAAGCAGCUUGAAUAUUAAAACCAAAAAGAAUGUACCCUCUGCAACAAUCCAGCAGGGUGAAGAGGGGGAAGCACCGCUGGAUAUCUGGGCUGUUGUGAAACCAGGAAAUACCAAGGAGAAAAUUGCAUUCUUUGCAGCCCACCAGUGUAGUAAUAGGACUGGAUCUAUGAAAAUAAAAAGUUCCUGGGAUAUAGAUGGAAGAGCUACCAAAAGGAGGAAAAAAUCAGGGGAUCUUAGAAAAGCCCAAGUACAACUAGAAAGGAUGAGGGAAAUCAACAGCAGGUGCUACCAGCCUGAGCCUUUUGCGUGUGGCAUCGAGCACUGCUCCGUGCAUUAUGUGAGUGACAGUGGGGACGGCAUCUAUGCAGGGAAGCCCCUAUCAGUCAUACAGAUGGUUGCCUGCCUUGAGCAGCGAGCCAGUGCUCUGCUGGCCAGUUGUGCGAAAAACUGCACAAACCCCCCUGCUGUUAUUAGGUGUUCUGGGCAUUCCAGAGGUGUGCCCCCGGCCUUCUCUGCCUCUGGAGUCUGUGAAGAACCCACGGAGAAGGGCAGUCCUGAGGCCGGCGAGCCGCAGAGUGAGCCGGUCCGCGUGCUCGACAUGGUGGCCAGGCUAGAGUCAGAGUGCCUGAAGCGGCAGAGCCAGCGGGAGCCUGGGAGCCUCUCACGGAACAACAGCUUCCGGCGCAACGUGGGGCGAAUGUUGCUUGUGAAUGGCACUCAGGCUAAUGAAGGGAAAACGAAAAAAGGUGCCUUUGAGGCAUCUGACACUCAGGUGAACCCUGCAGAGUCUGAAACUGAGGGCUGCAGCCCUUCCCGAGCUGACCAGUGUCCUCCUGAGGGGAACCAGGCCUGGGACAUUGCUCCUCAGAGCAGUCCCUCAUUACCAGCUGGUGUGAAUUUCCUCAUGGAUGGUGCGCAAUUAGAGCCAAGACCACAAAUUGCCAUGAAAAAUAGCAAUAGAUAUGAUGUGGAAAUGACUGAGGAACUGGUUGGCUCACCCUGUUCUCCUCGAACCUGUCCCCAAGCCACUAAAUUGCCCACAGAUGCUGUUGAUUGUAUGAAUCGAGAACUUGUGCCACUUACUAGCCAGAAUUCUGAACAGAGAAAAAAAGAAUCUCUCUGCAUUAGGAUCACUGUGUCCAAGGUAGAGAAAGACCAGCCUUCUAGUUUGAACCCUUGUGCUGACCCACUUCCGGGGAUGUUGUUUUUUUUGCCUUCUGGUCAACAUGAGUCAGACUGUUCACAGUUAAAGGAAAGCACACGAGAGUCUGCAGAGGCCAGCCCGCGUGAAGAUGCUGCUGAGGCUGACAGUACACCAGGGGACAAAAGUGUUUCAGCUGAGCCAUUUGUCUUGCCGGCACCUUCUGUGGAAAACACAUUACCAGUGCUCGAGGUGUCUAGUUGGAAGAAACAGGUGUCUCAUGACUUUCUGGAGACCAGGUUUAAAAUCCAGCAGCUUUUGGAACCUCAGCAGUACAUGGUCUUUCUGCCCCACCACAUCAUCGUGAAAAUCUUCAGGUUGCUUCCCACCAAGAGUUUAGUGGCUCUUAAAUGUACCUGCUGCUAUUUUAAGUCCAUCAUCGAGUACUACAAUAUCAGACCUGCAGAUUCUCGCUGGGUUCGAGAUCCACGCUAUAGAGAGGAUCCAUGCAAGCAGUGCAAGAAAAAAUAUGUGAAGGGGGAUGUUUCACUGUGCCGGUGGCACCCCAAACCCUAUUGCCAGGCGUUGCCCUAUGGGCCAGGAUACUGGAUGUGUUGCCAUCACUCUCAGAAGGGCUUUCCUGGCUGUAAGCUGGGGCUUCAUGACAAUCACUGGGUUCCUGCCUGCUACAACUUUAACCGCACUGUCCAUAAGAAAGCAAAAGGGAUUGAGACUGAAGAGGAAUUCUAA